AUCUGUCCAUGAUUAUCGUCAUCAUUCCGACACUGCCGCUAAUCAAGAACUAUUCAUGUGCGAAGUAAAAUCUUUAAUAGCAACGAUUAAGGAACUCGGCAGUCCGUUUCUAGAAGAGACGAAAGAUCUUUAUAAUAUUGAUACAAAGAAUGUCGCUUCUUCAGAAGUAGUAGAAACAGUUUUCAAUAUAGAAAAGUUUGGCAACGAGCAGUACGAAAAUUUUUGUAAGGAAAGACUGAAUGGUGGGAAAAGUUUGCUUGAGCCGAUCAAACUUAAUAAGUAUGCUCGAUUUAGUACCAGUUCCAAGAAGUCUGACAGCAAAACGAAAGCGAAAUUAGUUGGGCUCAAAAAUGAUUGUAGUCUCUUCAGCAAGCUAUAUAUAGCUACGUGCGAGCACAGAACAGGAAGCCUGGAUUCAUUUUUCGCUCACGAAAAUCAAGCUACACCUCCAUCAUUAUCAGUCAUGGGAAAAAUGCGAUCAGGAACCAAAUCAGAUCUUUUGAAAUGCCUGAUCAACCAUUGUGAUCCAGCUCACACAGCCAUAGUGCCGAGUUCACCACCAGUAUCAGCCAAAGUUUUAGAUGGUUCUGCCUUGGUGCAUAUGCUAAGCCCUGGACACAACAAAAUAUUUCAUGAGUAUGCUGACACAGUGUUUAUACCUUUUUUGCAUAGAGAAUUUGCCACUGUAUCACGUAUAGAUUUAGUAUGGGAUAGGUAUGACAAUGAAAGUCUUAAAAAUACAACAAGAGAGAAACGUGGCACUGGACAAAGAACACGAGUUACCCUAAACACUAAGAUUCCCAAGGGUUGGUCAAAUUUUCUUAGGGAUAGUACAAAUAAAGAGGAAUUAUUCCAUCUUCUUACGUCCCAGUGUCAUACCGCAAAAUAUGCAAGUAACAAAGAAUUGUACGUGACGGAUGGUGAGGUAGUUCUCAGCAAUAGUAGCAGAGACAAACAAAAACUAGAACCAUGCAACCACGAGGAAGCAGACACGCGCAUGAUGGUCCAUGUAGCUGAUGCUGUAGCCCAAGGUCACACAAAAAUUAUGCUACGCACAGUGGAUACUGAUGUUGUUGUUCUAGCAGUUGCAUGUAUAUCACAAUUGCCGGAGCUCCAGGAGUUAUGGGUUCAUAUCGGCACAGGAAAGAAUCACCAGUUCCUCUCGUGCCAUGCUAUUGCAGCUUCUUUAGGACCAGAAAGGACAGAAGUCUUGCCAUUCUUCCACGCCUUUUCAGGUUGCGACACUGUUUCUUUUUUGUGUGGAAAGGGAAAAAAAAGCGUAUUUCAAGCUUGGAGCGGAUAUCCUGCUGUAACGGAGGGAUUUAAAUACGCCAAACAAGGCAAUAUUGAGCAGGCGUUGCCAAUAUUGGAAAAAUUUGUUAUUGUCUUGUAUGAUAAAUCAGGUACAAGUAGGCGUGUAAAUGAGUGCCGAAAAGUACUUUUUACACAAAGAAAUCUCCAAUUAGAGAAUCUGCCUCCAACGGAAGAUGCGCUACACAAACAUAUUCUCCGUGCAGUUUACCAAGGAGGGUAUGUUUGGGGGCAGAUUAUAGCUCCUCAGCAAGAGCUACCAUGCCCUGCUGACUGGGGCUGGUCGAAAGAAAAUGGUCAUUGGGAGCCCAUAUGGACAGGCCUACCUGCGGCGGCUGUUGCUUGUUUAGAACUUAUUCGUUGCCGCUGCAAAACAAAAUGCGCAGGGAGGUGCAGCUGCUUUAAAAAACAACUAAAAUGCACGGACCUGUGUGCAUGUAGUGGCAAUUGCGAACAAUAAAUAUCUUAUUUCAACCUGCAUUUUUUGUCAAACAUCUAUGUUAAUUUUAUCACAUUUAUAAUAACUCUACUGGCGAAAG